CCCCCGCGUACGGGGGGCAGCCUAUUGUACUGGAAGUCAUCGACCAUUGCGACUACUGCUGCUGCUGCACGAGCGACAAUGCCUGCGACAUAUGCCGCAAUGCCUGCAACAGAUACCGUCGCUCUCUCCUCGUCACGCCGCAUGGCUUUCUCAAGAGUACUGCGAGGCGGAGGUGGCAGUAACAGCGACGGUAGCGGCAGGGAAAAGGAAGAAAAAGCAUCUCCUCCGCAGAAGCAGGAUGUUGCUGUGGAGCCAGCGUCUGCCAGCCAGCCCGGUAGAGAUCCAGCGAAGGGUGCAGUCGGAGAGGGUCCAGAAACAGACAGCGCGACUGUCGAGCCUGCUGCUGCUGCUGCGGCGGCGGCAGUCAAGCAGGAGCCCAAAGGUGAUGCCAAGGAACAAGCUCUACGCGAGGCUCUGCUGUCGGCAGAUGGGCCCGCCAAGUGAGUCGGUUGUUGCCGUUUCGUCUCUCAGGCUCUGUCAGUUACAUGCGGCAAGUCGUUGUGUAGAGCAUUAAAAAGCCCAGAACACGGUUUUCUUCCCUUCGCCGUGAAGGCUUCAACACAUCCCCUCCGACUGCUUGUAGUUAAAUCUCGAACGGAAGGCCGUUCUGUACUUGCAGAUACAUCUUCUAACACGGUAGACUGCUCGCAGAGCUUACUUCAGACUUCAGGAUUUCGUUUGAAACAAGCUUCCUGAAGACCCUCUGUCUACUACACGUGCGACCACAGCGGGCAUUUUUUACGUGUCGUACCAAGCUCUGCACAUCUUGCACAACGCGCGAAGCAGCACACAAUAGUAGACCGCAAAUGGCAAUUCGCCUCAGGAACAUGUUCGCACACACACACACACACACACACACACUAUGCGGGAACUUUCAACCCGUCUAGAUCUACCCUCCUUACUGCUGCUUUUUCGACGUAUGGUGGUCUUGGCAAAGGCACCAAUCGACUUAUCGUAGCUAUCGCCAACCACUUGGCAUACGAAGCCUUUUGCAAAGGGAAUUUCGCCGACGAAACAGCCUUGAUUCGCCUGAAGGCUUUUCAUACGAAUAGGAUUCGGAGACGAUUUACUUUCGAGCUGGCUCGUUUCCUGUCCGUACGAACUCGUGAUGUUUUUAAACGUCAUGGACUGCUCAUGGAUCAAUUUCCACCCCGGCCAAUAGGUUGGGAUUUCGAUAGUAGUACAAACGAAAACGAUCAUCAUGAUGGCGAUGAGGGAAAUUCGAGUGGCAACGAUGAAGGAGGAGGAACAGAGGGAACAAGAGGAGGACAAGACAGAGACCAAGACAGCAGUCGAGAAGGGAAUCAUGGCGUGGAAGAGAGCAAGAGCUUCGAGCCAGAGGACCUCCCGCACAACAAAAGACGGAGAGACAGACAAGAAGAAGAGCUGCCAAAAAGUUGCUGCCAAAAUGACGAUGAGAAUAGUGAUGGUAGUAGUGGUGAAAGCAAGAAGAAUGAUAGAGAGAGCACUCCUAAACGAAGUCGAGUGCAGGGUGACAGUCUUAGUAGACACGUGCAGUUUUCUUCUGUUAUUACUACGGUAUCUGUCUUUAAUCCUGAGAAUAGCGUAGCUCCCCCUACGACGCUCGGUCCCGGGGUCCCAGAUAGUGGACUAUAGAAACAUUUUGUGUUUCCCG